AUGGCUAUCAUACCAAGAUACGGUGACUGGAUCACCUUUCCUCUAGAGCAGGUCUCUCCCGUAGAGAUCGAGUGGUGGAGCGACAAGACACAGCAACGGACCAGAUACUAUGUUGAUAAAUGUUGGUUUGGCGAAAGAGUAGACAGUACUGACAGUGAGUCUGCUUACGGCAAGGGUCUGGCUCCAAAGGGAGAAACCCUUAUAUUCAUUGCUUCAGAAUACAUCGAAAGUAGGAUGCAGGGCGCACCGCAUCUGCUGAACCUACAUCUUAUGGACAUAAUGAGGAAAAAAUACCACGAAAACGACCUUGCAAGGAACUGGGCCUUAUUGCAGCUCAAUGAAAAAUUUCAUUAUGGGCAAAACAACAAGCAAACAUUCAGAUGGAUCGUAUACCACCCGCCCGCAAUCGCUGGUCGAGAGCGGAAGAUGUACCAACAUCGUUUUGUUGAGAAUGUCGCCUUAAAGAUUGCAGACAUAGGCAUCGAACUAGCCGGAGUAGCAGUCACAACCGGCACUGGCGCCGUCACAGCUGGCGCUGUUCAGGUUGAGGGAGUAGUACCUAUGCUCACACGCAUGAAAAACCUCUUCGCAGCCAACCACGGCCACGGAUUACACCAAUUUUCUCCGUCUGAGCAAGUCCUUCCCAUUUCACCCAAACCUCAGCCUGAGAAACCAAAAAAAACCUCUGUCACGCUAUCCAACGGCACAGUAGUCGAGGUCAUCGAGCAGUCCGAUAGCACUUUGCCCAACAUCUCCGUCGAGGAAGUGAACAUGAUCAACAUUGUAGACGUCCAAGACGAAAAACAGGAUAUACCUUCGUAUACAGGAAUGCCAGGAGUUUCGUCUCGAGAAUUGUCGAACAUUCAACGGGGUAGACCCGGGGAUUGUGUCCAAUGGGCUCGGAAUCCACCCUUAUCCACAGGCAACCAAUAG